GUAACUAACCUCGCAAACAUGAUACGGACUGCUGGUUGUCAUCAACGUAAUGGAUCGCUGAAGUCUAGCUUUGAACAGAAACAACUGAAAGAUGACAGUGGUGUGAAAAAUGGAUAUCACAAACACGUACGGGUGCAGACCAAUGGCAAAGGAAACGGUUAUCAUCGGCCUCAAGUUAGGGGUGAAGAUUCAUUUGAAGAGGCUCCUAUGUAUGUAGCUGUCCUGACAUACAUGGGGUUUGGUAUUGUAACCCUGUUUGGCUAUUUCAGAGACUUUUUGAGAGCCGUUGGCUUAGAGAAGUGCAAUCAGGCAAAGGAGAGAGAAGAGCAAAAGGAUUUUGUUCCUCUGUAUCAAGAUUUUGAAAACUUUUAUACCCGAAACCUGUACAUGAGGGUCAGGGACAACUGGAACCGGCCCAUAUGCACUUUACCUGGUCCUGUUUUUGACCUCAUGGAACGGGUCUCUGACGAUUACAACUGGACUUUCAGGUUAACAGGCCGAACGAUUGAAAACGUCAUCAACAUGGGAUCAUACAACUAUUUGGGCUUCGCUGAGAACAACGUUGACUUCCUGAAAACUGUAGCAGACCAGACCAAGCAGUAUGGAGUGGGGGCAUGCAGCACAAGACAGGAACUUUGCAACUUAACUAUUCACGAAACACUGGAGAGGCUUGUGGCGGAUUUCUUGGGGGUGGAGUCUGCCAUGGCAUUUGGAAUGGGAUUCGCCACUAAUUCCAUGAACAUUCCUGCACUAGUUGGAAAGGGCUGUCUCAUUCUGAGCGAUGAGCUAAAUCACACUUCUCUCAUCCUGGGAGCCAGGCUUUCGGGAGCAACCAUUCGGGUCUUCAAGCACAACAACAUGCAGAGUCUAGAAAAGAUGCUGAAGGAGGCGGUUUGCUCGGGACAGCCUCGUACUCAUCGCUCCUGGAAGAAGAUCCUCAUCAUGGUGGAGGGCAUUUACAGUAUGGAAGGUUCUCUGGUCCGACUUCCAGAGAUCUUGGCACUGAAGAAAAAGUAUAAGGCUUAUCUGUACCUAGACGAAGCCCACAGCAUUGGGGCGGUGGGGCCCACCGGUCGUGGAGUUACUGAAUAUUUCGGUGUGGAUCCAAAUGAAGUGGACGUUUUGAUGGGCACCUUCACCAAGAGCUUUGGGGCUUGUGGCGGGUACAUUGCGGGCAAAAAGGAGUUGGUGGAUUACUUGCGAAGCAACUCCCACAGUGCAGUCUACGCUACGGCCAUGUCACCACCUGUCGUAGAACAGAUCAUCAGGGCGUUGAAAUGCAUCAUGGGAACUGAUGGUACAACAGAAGGCCAGCGUAGAGUUCGGCAGCUGGCUGAAAACACCCGCUACUUCAGAUCUCGGCUGAAAGAGAUGGGCUUCAUCAUUUAUGGCAACCAGGACUCUCCUGUGGUACCGCUCCUGCUCUAUCUACCGGGGAAAGUCGGGGCGUUCUCACGGGCCAUGCUGGAAAGAAAGAUUGGUGUUGUAGUUGUUGGUUUCCCAGCUACACCCAUUACAGAAGCCAGGGCUCGUUUCUGUGUGUCUGCCGCCCACACCAGAGACAUGCUUGACAAGGUUCUCCGCAGUCUUGAUGAACUUGGAGAUGACAUCAGAUUGAAGUUCUCUCGACUAAAACGUUCUGUUCGCCCAGAAGUGUACCACGAAAUGGACUUAGAGCUGGACAGCUGAUCAUUGACUGUGAGAGCGAUCGCUCAUUUACCUUGAGGGGCUGCCGCUGUCACCUCAGUGAGGAUGCCCUUAGUUAAAAAUGUUUUACUGUUCAACGCAAGACAGUUCUUUGUCUCCAAAAAACGUAUUCAAACAUAUUCACUCAAAAAAGUGUUUUUAAUAGCUUUAAACAGUGCGCAGACAGACAGAGGACAUUACGCUUUCGGCCUUUUGGCGCAUCAGAUUUCCACAGGAUUCCCUCGGGAACCAGUUACAUAUUUUAUAUAUGUACAGUAAAUGUUGUAAAAUUGUAUUUAAUUGCUUUUUUUAACUGCUUUUUCGCAUUUUUGUGAAGUUGUAUGUUAAAUUGUCUAUUCUCAGGGGGUUGUGGGAAAUGAGGAGGGGCCGUGAUGGCUGGGUUUGUCAAUUGUUUAUGUAAAGCUGCUCGAGAGAUGCAGUAUAUCAAACAAUUAAUUUUCUUAACACUGACCUACAUCUAAACUCAAGCUGCGGAUAAGAAACCUCUGGAAGUGGCAUUAUUUUAUACUGCUGCUGAGAUGGACUGAUGAAAAACCUCUAUGCUGUGAUGGUUUCUGUGUUUGUGUGAUACAGAUGGACAAUGAUUGAAAGAGAAACUCAAACUCACAGUAAUUGUGCAUUUUGGUAUUGCAUCUUUCGAAUCCCAGCACUUACAGGCAUCUAUUUGUGCAAGAAACUACUACUGAUUCAACAAUAAAUCUACAAAUUCA